UCGCAAAUAGGCAGCUAAUCGGGUCCUUCCUUGAGUUGUCGUGGCCUUUUCUGUAAAUCGUCAGCAGAAAAUAGCCCCUUCUUUUUAGACACUUCAUUCCCGGUGACCGUCUGCUCAGGUUUUUACCCUCGAACGCUAACAAAAAGCUCAACAACAUGCCUGGACCCGCAGCAAGCGCAUCUAGUGUCGGGGCCUCUGGCCGUUCCCCCAGCAAGACGGUGGCCCCGAGAGCAGCAGGAUCUACAGUCAGACAGAGGAAAGCGACUGGCAGUGGUACACGGUCUGCAGGCCGGGCUACAGCAUCAGCAGGUACAGGUGGCAUGUGGCGCUUCUACACUGAGGACUCGCCAGGACUCAAAGUUGGCCCAGUGCCAGUACUUGUAAUGAGUCUGCUGUUCAUCGCCUCCGUCUUCAUGCUGCACAUAUGGGGGAAGUACACCCGCUCCUAAACCCUCCUGACCUUUGAACUCUGACCUCCAAGUGAUUAUGACAUCCGUGAUUAAGAAUUAAGCCAUUGGACCUGGACCAAACUCUGACCUUAAACAACAAACUGGUUCACAUGUCUUCAUUUCAGAAAAUCAACUUCCCUGCUACAAGUAUUCUUUUUUUUUUUUUUUUUUUUUAAAUCUGGAACCGGACA